GAAGCUCUAGUCUAGCUAUAGAUAAUAGAGUCUACUAGAGUUUUAGACUAUAGAUUUAUAAUAUAUAAAUAUAGAUGUAUAUAAUAAUAAAUAGACUAGACGUCUAGAUAAUACAAAUCUAGUCUAGUAAAAAAUAGUCUUAGUAGAUCGGAAAUUACCUAGAUGUUGGUAAUUCAAAGAUAUAACAGAUCAAAAUGCCUAGUCAGACACUUAAAAAGAAGGAUCUGUAUUUAGGCAAGUGUCUUGGAGAUUUGUCUAAAUUGAGUGAAGUGAAAAUAAACACUGAAAAUGUCACUAUCUUAAUCAAAUCAUUAAAUAGAUUAUUUGAUGAUGCUGCGAGAAAUGAACAAGAAGGUGAUGACGAAAAAGCUUAUGUUUUAUAUCUAAAGUAUUUCAGUCUCCUGAAAAUCAUCAAAACUAAAGCAGACUACAAGAAGCAAAAGGAUUAUUUUGACAAAAUUAUAGGAACAAAAAAUCAGCUUCUUGCUAUUGAAAAAGCUGAGAAACUGUCAGAAAGUUUAAAAGAAAGAUAUGAUUUAAAAGAAGCUGAAGCUGUGGCCAAGAAGUUGUCAGAUGUUGCUGUUGAAAUCAAAGACGAGCCAGCUAUUGUCUCACAAGAGAAAGAGAAUGUAAUACCUAAAGCUGAGGAGAAGUCAGCUGAGACUCCAGGCUUAAUUAUGCCCAUGAAAUUGUGUGAACUUCUUCGAGAUAGCAACACUAAAGUGACUGUGAUAGAUGUGAGGUCAGAAAAGGAUUUCAGCCAGUCACACAUCUCUUUCACAGAAUGUAUCAAUGUACCUGAAGAUAUUCUUGCACCAGGUUCAACAGUUUCACAUAUUCAGUCCAAAUUGCCAACAAAUUCAAGAUCAUUAUGGGCACAAAGAGGACAUGCUGAUUUCAUAAUACUUUUAGACUGGAAAUCUACUCUCACUGAUGUCUUAGUGGGUACUCCUUUAAGAACACUUAAAGAUGCCCUGUACAAGUUUGACACAAGUACCAUCAUCAAGUCUGAGCCUCUGAUACUUCAAGGGGGCUAUGAGAACUGGUUGCUGUUAUAUCCCACAAUGAGCACCAACCCACACAUCAUGAAACCAAGUGAUGCUGCCAGAGUCAACCCACCAUCUCCCACAAUGACUUUGGACUUUGACUACCCAGAUUUUGAUGACAAUUUGCAACCCAAAGUUUCAUCUGCCAAUCAGGGACCUUCCAAUGAGUCUAUGGUCUCAAAUGAUAUGUCACCUGCAUUAUCUACUUACUCAUCUUUGCCAAAAGUGGAUCGUAGUCUAAAGCCAUCCACCUCAAAAGAUAAUUUGAUUUCCUCAAAGCCUAAUAAUAGCACAAGUGGACAAGUAAUAAGCUUAAACAACAUCAUUAACAAUGUUGAGUCUAUUCCCAAUCCAAACAUCUUAGGACACUUAAAGAACACAAAUAUAACCAACGAUAGCUUGGCAGUGAAUGAGCCCAAAUCAAUUAAUUUAUCCAUAAAGAACAACCUGGCAUCAGACUUGUCAGCUAGUGUUGAGAAUAGAGAGGAAAAAGAAAAUGAGCUCAAAAACCUGCAGCAGACCAAAGCAGCUUUUUUAAUGGAACAUCAGGAGAAAGUAAAGGCACUAGAACAGAAACUCUUGGACCUUGACAAGAUUAAGAAGAAAGAAGAAAAAGAUGUAGCAGAUCUCAUGAGAUUGAAGAAGAAAAUGAAGGAAGAUUUGGAUAAAGAAAAACAAAGACAAGAUCAGGAAAUAAAGUCUUAUGAGAAAGAGGAAAAAAUUAAAUUAUUAGCCCUUGAAAUGGCAAAGAAGGAAGAAGACGAAAAGAAACGUAGACUGGAAGAAGUUGAAAAACUUCGUCAAGACAGAAAAAAAGAUGAAAAGCUAAAAGAAUUAGAAAAGAGAUUCGAAAAACAGGAAGAGGAAAGGAAAAGACUUGCAGCAGAAGCUCUCCGGCUAAAGGAAGAGGAGGAAGAAGAACUAAGGUUUGAAAAGUUAAUGCAAGAAGAGAAAAGAAUAAAGGAGUUGGAGCAGAGGAAAGAAUUUGAGAAAAAACUAGAAGAGGAGCGGAAAAUAAAUCAAGAAAAAUUAAAGGAGAUGGAAGAAAUGAAGAGAGCUCAGAUGGAAGCUGAAAAGUUCAAACAGGAAGAAGAAAGAAAAGCCAGAGAGAGAGCAGCUUUGGAGAAAAAAACACAAGAAGAACAAAGAGAGAAAGAGGCUGCAAAUGAAAAGGCUUUAAAAGAAAGACAGAUGUUAGAGCAAGCAGAAAGGAUUCAAAGAGAGAAAGAGGCUGCUAAUGAAAAAGCCAUUAGAGAAAAACAGAUGAUUGAGCAGGCAGAAAGGAUCAAAAGAGAGAGGGAGGCUGCUGCCAAAAAGUUGGAAGAAGUAGAAAGAAUACAAAAGCAAAUUAUUGCUAAAGUAGAGGCUCCAGCUUCAAAAGCCAUUCCCUCCACCAACUUGCCUGUUGGUUGGGAGAAGAGACUUGACCGCACCACAAACACAUAUUACUACAUUGACCAUAACAAGGGACUAACUCAGUGGACCCCUCCAGCUACUGUUGGUACAAAAACAAUAGUCAAAUUGAAAGAUGAACCCAAUGUGUCCAGUUCUUUGGGACUAAGUAGGUCGUUCUCAUCACCAAAUAUUAAAAAGCAGUUGGAGGAUGAAGAAGCACUGAGGCAGUCUUUGCCAACCAUCAACCGGGGCAAUAAGCCAAGAUUUGAACACAAGUCCUUGCCUCCAAGAAGUGCUUACUCAAUUAGAAAAAGGGAUUUGAAUCCUGUUUAUGGCAAUGUGGGACCUGCACUAACUGGCCUGAAAAAUCUAGGCAACACCUGCUACAUGAACUCAACUAUUCAAUGUCUCAACAACACCUCUCCUCUCAUUAGAUAUUUUUUAGAUGACAGUUAUCUCUAUGACAUUAACAGAGAAAGUUCACAAGGAAUGCAAGGUGAAGUGGUUGAUGAGUUUGCUGUGGUUGUCAAGGCUCUGUGGUCAGGAGACUACCGCUCCAUAACACCUCGAGAUCUUAAGAAUACAAUUUCCAAGUACUAUUCUGCAUUUGCUGGAUUUCAACAGCAAGAUUCACAAGAAUUUUUGACCUUUCUACUUGAUGGCUUACAUGAAGGUUUGAAUGAGGUUAGAAAUGCCCCAGAAAUUCCUGAACAAAACAAUGAACAGUUGAAUGAUUUUGAUGCUGCACAUUUAGCUUGGAAACAUCACAAGUUACUGAACAAAUCAAUUAUAGUAGAACUAUUUCAGGGACAAUUAAAAUCUACACUGAUGUGUCGAACUUGUGGUAAAAAAUCUGUGACAUUCCAAGUUUUUAUGUCUCUUUCACUUCCCAUACCAGCUUCAUCAAGGUGUUCUCUCAUGGAUUGCUUGAAAGAAUUUUUAAAGCCAGAGAUCUUGACAGGAAGUAGUAAAUGGAAAUGUCCUUCUUGUCGUGUUGAAAGGGAAGCUGAGAAAAAAAUUGACCUUUGGAAACUCCCACCCAUUCUGUUGAUUGGUCUUAACAGAUUUUACGUUGAUGGGAUGUGGCAGAAAAAAACUACUUUUGUUGAUUUUCCUGUGAAUGACCAUGACUUCUCUCAGGUUGUUAUUGGCCCUCCAACUCGACAGCGUUACAAUCUUUAUGGAGUAUCAAAUCAUUUUGGCACAAUGGAAGGUGGACACUAUACUGCCUUCUGCAAAAAUCCUGUGAAUAAAAAAUGGUACAAAUUUGAUGACCAAGAUGUGUAUGAGAUGUCUAGUUCUGAUGUGAAGAGCCCUGCAGCAUUUGUACUUUAUUACACUUCAAUGGACAUGCCAAUCCCAGUCUAAAGACACAUUUAUAGAUGUCUGAUUGAAGACAUCAAACAGUCAGUGUGACAAACUGUCAUCCAAGUUGGAGAGCUUUUUAGUUUUUUCAGCAAGGAUGUUAAUAUGUACAUCUCUACCCAGACCAAUGCUGUACAAAUAAUAAUUUUAAACAAUAUAUUUUGACAUGUUUAAUUACCGGUAUACUAUUUGUUAAAAGAAGCAUCAGGCAAGGUUUUAAUAUUCCUGGUACUGGGUUAUGAUUUACAUAAUUUUUAAUUUUAAAUCUGUAAAUUGAUUGUGAUGUACAAAUUGUAUGUAAUUAACAUAUUUUACUGUAACUAUUGCCUUGAAGUAAUUCAAAUUAAAAAAAAAAUUCCCUGUAAAAAGUCAUUAACUUAUAAGUGCCAUUAUAUAUAGUGGACUGAACAAGAUAUAAAACAGUGUGAUUCAUUCUUGUUAUUUGUUGUGGACUAUGUGAUAUAUAUAUAUAAUUGUAAAUAUUUCUUAACUUCUAAGUAUAUUGCACACAAAAUGUGUUUCCUUUGCUACAUUUCUAGUCAAAUCAAAUUGGUGUGCCAGACAUCAGCAUGUUGAUCCUUUAAAUGUUGAGAAGUGAAGACUAUGUUAGUAAACAACUAGUUGCUAUAUGCUUUUCUCGAGCUUGAAUUGUUUACAUUACCAGUAAAUGACCAAUUCUUUUUCAAAACUAUAUGUCAGACAAUUAUCACCAAUAUGUUUAACUAUCUUUGUUUAACACUCUCUUAAAGAUUAUUCUUAUUUCUUAUGACAUGACCACUACAAGAUGCAAAUUUAAAAAUUUCACAAUUACAAAAGAUAUAAAUAAAAAUUACAUUAAAAUCUUGAAUUAAUCCAUCAA